AUGCCCAGCAUGACGCCCCCAAGCUCGCCCAUGCAAUUGUCACUGCAUACAGGACGCGAUGGCAAGGAUGUCUCGUUGCAGACCCCGACCUCCGUCUCUAGUCUGACGCCGCCGGUUACACCGAUUGGCAAAGAUAGCGUCGAACGUAUUCCCUCGCCAUUGUCUGAGCCCAGCAACGAACAAUCAGCCUCUUUACUUCGAGGAAAGAUCACGACCCCACUGCGAUUCACGGAUGAAUUGGAAGAAUGCCUCGACGAACGAGGCCGCCGCAUUGAAUUCGGCGAGGGCGUCUGGAGUAAAGUCUACAAGGCGCGAUCUACCCCGGCAUCCACAAGCGCCCUCCAAACGCCACCAAGCUCGCCCGUCACCGACAGCCGCAUUCUCGCCAUCAAGACCUCUCGCCGCGGCGACGCGGGUCCCGUCCUCACAACUGAGGCACUCAUCCUCACUCGCCUGACAUUAACCCCGGGUCAUGAGAAGCACAUCGUCCCUUUCCACGGCUUCCACACCGAGACGCAGUCUCUCGUCAUGUCUGCCGUGCCGCUGGCCCUCUCAACAUACAUCGAAGAUCAAGCCGACCUAGCUCGCAAGCAACCCGUUUCAACCGCGACAAUGUUCGACCCAUUCCUCGGCCCAGCCCCCUGGAAGGAUAUGGCCCGCAAGUUGAUCAGCAGUCUCGCCUGGCUCCACCAUACCGCAGGCAUCAUGCACGGCGACGUCAAGCCACAUAGCAUCCUGCUCCGCCCUACCGAGGCGGACGAGUCGCACCCCGGCGCCUUCCGCUACGAGCCGUUGCUGGCUGAUUUUUCCGCUGCAAUGGACAUUGCGCCGGAUUCCGCGGAUCAAAAAGUUCUAUCGAGCUUUACGGCGCCUUUCUCUGCGCCGGAGGUACUCAAGUCUCUUCGACCAGGUGGUGCCCCGCCCACACCGGCCUCUGAUGUCUUCUCGCUCGCUGCAACGCUUCUGGCUGCUGCGACAGGUCAUGUGCUUUUGUACCCGGGGUGUGAUUUCCGACGCCGGAACCUGAUGGCGGGUGAGGGGCACCAGAUUAUUGAUUUCAUUCGGUCGUUUGGGAAUGGAAGCCGUGUGCCUCGAAAUGGAUUCGUGGAGAAGUUGACUAAACCGGCUGUCGCCAAGAUUCCUGAACAGCGCAUUUCUGCGCAGGAUUGGGUGGUGCUCGCAGAUGAGAUUUGUGGAGAUUCUGCCUGA